UCCAGGCCAGGCCAGGGCUGUGUGGAGCAGGGAGAGCAUUCUUCCAAGAUAAUGAUUAAACUGAGCAGCACUUGGCAAGGGCACAGGCUGCUACUAGGAAGGUGAGCCCUAUUCACACCUCAGCCAGGCUGUGGCGGCGAGAACUGGAGCGGGAAGGCAGAGCCCAGAGGUCCGGGGCCCCCAGCCGCCCCCUGCUUGUGAGGGGCAUCCGGAGCAUCUCAGAUCCAGAGGAAUCUGUGCGGUCUGCUCACACCUUGGGCACCAUGGAGCUCCAGGUGUUCUGGACUGGGCUGGAAUAUACCUGCCGGCUCUUGGGCAUCGCUACGGCUGCAGUGUUGAUCGGAGUGGGCACCGAGACCUUCCUCCGAGGGCAGUUCAAAAGCCUGGCCUUCUAUCUGCUGUUUACAGGAGUCGCCAUCUCCGUGUGCGAAGGGACCUACUUUGUGGCGCAACUGUUGGCCAUCUGCUUCAAGUGUCAGCCAGGGUCUCUGGCACACAGAGUAAGGGAGAAGGCCCACUGGCUGGGCUGCUUCCAGAAGUUUCUAGCCUAUGUGCUGCUGUCUGUGGCCUGCUUCCUCCACCCUGUGCUGGUCUGGCAUGUGACCAUUCCAGGCUCCAUGCUAAUCAUCACUGGCCUGGCCUACUUCCUGCUGAGCAAGCGGAAGAAAAGAAAGGCUGCCCCAGAGGUGCUGGCCCCCACAGAGCAGUACACAGACCCCUCCAGCAGCACUGUGAGCACCACAGGCUCUGGGGACACUGAGCAAACUUACACUUUCCACGGGGCCCUCAGGGAGGGGCCUGGCUCAUUCUUCAUCCACAUGAAGAGCAUCAUGAAGGGGACCAAGACACCACGUGUCCGGCAGCCCCGAGAUACCCUAAUGGAGCUGGCGCUGGAGCCAGCCGACUCCUUGGCCAAGAAGAAGCAGGUCCACUUUGAAGACAGCACGGUGAGAAUCAUCCCAUCUGUCACUGAAGGUCCGGGUGACAGUGACAGUGGGCCGGAGGAAACUGCCUCUGACACGACCCCCAUCAUCCCUUCCUCCCGGACCCCACUCUUUCUGCCUUCUCUCAUGGCCACUGACCUGUGCUGAGCUUCGCAGCUGAAGCUCCACAGAUGGAUGGGCCUGCCAGAGGACUCCUACUAGCCUUGGUCCCUGUAGAGAACUCAGGGUAUCCACUGGCCAGCUGCUGUACACUUCUCAGUGGUGACCGGGGUUUCAGAACUGUGAGAUAGUGUACCUAGCCAGAUCUGUGGAGACCUCCAGGACGGCACAAAUGAGACUUUGCCACAUGGAAUCAACACAGGCUCCUCCUUCUUGGUCAGGGGAGGAAAAACAGAUCAUGACUCCAUUCCCCACAAGGCUGCAGACCCAACUUGCUAAGCCCUAAAGGGACAGAAGACAUCAGCUCAGCUUCGCUUGCACCCAACAAAGGGCUCUGCCUUCAGCAAGGACCCCAUGGUACAUUUGGGUAUAGUGCAGCCUACUGAAGGCUCAGGGGUGUAUCAGCAGUGUAAGCAUCUCAGCAGAAGGUAUUGGAUGAAGUGGCCAUGAAUCCUGAGCAAGAUUGCUCAGGGUAGAUAUGGGAAAGGACGCUUCAGUUCUCAAGUGAGAACAGCCUGGCGGCGGGCUGCAUUCUCAACAUACUCUGGGCCUGGGCUGGGCAGCAGGCAUUGCAGAAUCACCCAGGGAAACAAUGCCACUCUGUGCUCACUGCCAGGAAAACUGGCCAGAAGAGCAUCUCUCAUUCCAGAAGGAUCACUAAGGACUUCCUCCCACCCCACCCCACCCCACCCCCACUAUAAGGGCAGUGCUCAGAUUCCAAGCAGAUAGCACAAGCUAAAAGAGUCUGAGAGCCUGAGGUAGGAAUAACCAAGACUAGGAAUAACCAGGACGUAGCAUAGAGUGUUCACUGUAGGUCAGGGCCCAGGGGACUGUCCUAUGACAGCCACACAGCACAGGGAAGUACAUCUGCCAUGCUUAGGUGCCUAGGGGUAGGAUGAGUGAUAAACAGAUGUUUGCUUAAAAUAAGGAGCGGAGAAGGGAGAAGAGGAAAGAAGGGCACAUGGGGGAGGGGAGGGUGCAGACAAGCAUGCUCUCCAUCCAGGGAUUACAGAGGUGAUGGGGAAUUUGAGUAGAUAUUUCUCAGUAAAAAGAUGUGCAACAUACCGUUUAGUUCUAAAUAGUGUGUUUCGUCCAUAGGAAUAUUACCAGGAAGAACAGACAUGUUAUUCCUCAUAGCUGACCACAGCGCAUGAGCAAUAGGAAGCAAGAGCCCUAUAGUUUGUGUCUGGAGAGGGGACUCCCUUCAGGGUUCUCUGAGGGCUCAGCCUCAAAGCACACACUUUAUAGUCUAGAAAAGUAACAUGUUCAUUGUAUAACUUUUAUAAAUCUAUGGGGUAUGUUUUUCAGAAGUGUGUGGAAAUGAGGUGGUGUCAGCCUGGGGCUUAGCAUGGCCAGUGUUCCAGAUGGGCAGAAGGCUGCUUGCAAUAGAGAAUGUCUUUGCUCAGACUGCGGAAGUGAAGGCAGAGAGCAAGUUAGGAAGGCUGGAGUAGGUAGCAAGUCAACGCUGGACAUCUGGUGGAUUGCUAUGAGCCCUGACCACAGGGGCAUUAAAGCACUUCUUUGACUUUCACCAGUGAGGGCUGUUAGUGCAGUCAGGGGAGACUUAAACAUGGGAUAUGGGCACAGGUGGGUGUGUUCCUUUACUAUAAGACCUCAUAGGAAGAACAAGGAAACACCAUCAUGGCACCACGCAUUAGUCUGAGGCAAGGCCAGUACAGACCCAAGAGACCACCCUAACUCCGGAUUUCAGGGCUGGAGCCCCUGGAACAGAGCUUCCGGCAGAGGCCGAGGAAACAAAUCCCAUAACAGGGAGGAGCCACUGGCCUUGACCCUCUUCCUGUGCCUUACUGUCUGUUUCUGCAAUAAAGUACCAUGACCAAAAGCAACUUAAGGAAGAGUGAAUGUGGCCUACAGUCCCAGAGAGCUAGAGUCCAGCUAGUCACACUCCAUCCACACACAGGAAAUGGUGGGGGGGGGGGAAGAAGUCACAUGAGGCUAUGAACCCUAAAACCUACCCCCAGUGCUGCACUUCCUCCAGCAAAGCUGCACCUCCUAAAGGUUCCAUAACUCUCCCCAAACAGUGCCACCAUCUGGAGAACAAAUGUUCAAACACAAGCCUAUGGGUGCCAUUUUGACAAUUCUCAUGUAUUUCUAAAAAUCUUUAGUUCUUACUUGGUUGGUUAGCUGGGUUUUCUUUGUUAAACAUAUUUAUUAAAAUAUAGUUCACUGUCAUAAAAUUUACCAACUUGAAGCAUACAGUUAAAUGUGUUUUAGUGUAUUUAUAAACUGAGUUGAUUAUACUCACCACCAUUUUAGUUCAUAAUAUACUCAUCACACUCCAAAUGAAACCCAACCAAGUAACCAUUGAGACCCUCUCCUCACUUCCCAGUUUGUCCUAUGAAACCACUAAUCUGCCUGUGUCCUUGUAAUUUUGAUUUUUCUAAGUACUCAUAAUUUAAAGUAUAUAAUACCCUAUAACACUGUCCUUUUCUUUCACAAUAUCUUCAUCAGCUCUCUCUCUCCCUCUCCCUCCCUCCCUCUCUCUCUCUCUUUCUCUCUCCAUAGUUCUUUACUUUUAAUCUUUAAAUAUUAUUUAUUUUAGUUCCCUGAACAAAUAUAUAAUGGUAGUUUUGGAGUCUUGGUCAACUAUAUCCAACAUCUGGGGCUUCUUAAAAGCUAUGUCUCUUACCCUCUUCUUUUGAUCAUGUAUCAUAUUUUCUUGGUUCUUUGUGUACAUGAAAACUCUUUAUUAGCACUUGGGCCUCUUGGCCACUGCAUACUACAGCUCUGAGGACUGCUUCUGCCUUCCUCUCAACCUGGUAUCUGGCUUCUUUAUCCAUUUGUUUACUGACUUGACUAGAACAGUCCUGUGAAGCCAAUCUACUUUUUCCACAGUGUACAACCUUUGAUGUCCCUACUUGGAUUUUGGAUUUUUUUCCCUUGAUCUUUUAGUGUGGUUACCUAGGUAUUUCUCCUGGGUCUGCAAAAGUCAUUUAUUGGUCAAUAUUGUUAAUCCUGUGUACCAAUUAGACAUCCUUUGCUGAUGAGAUGGGGAGAGGGUGGGGCUUGGAGUCAUCCAUUAUAAAUCAGGUCUACACUUGCCCCUGCCUUUAGUCAUGGACAAAUACCUCCAUAGCCUCUGUGUGCUCCUAAGAAGACAUGACCUUGUGUGCUAGACUUAGCAGCAAUGUCCCCAACUCCCAAGAUGAGCUGAUCCCAAGAGGGUCCCCCUUGGCUGUCUAUGUCUUCAGUUCUCUAUUAAAUAAGGGUUCAGCAUUUUGUUUAUUGCCACCAGCACCAUGGAGUUCUGAACACCCUUUUAUUUAUACUCCCCAAGAUGUGUUUACAAUGUUCCUGAGAACUCAGUGUGAAUGGAAUUCUUCACAUCCUGCUCAGAAUGAGGUCAUUCCCCCAGGCAGCGCUCUGACUUUUCAUUCUUUCUUCCUGGGCAACCCCUCAGCAACCAUGCAGAGGAGUGAUUGCUGGCUGGCUGCUUCCCUGAGGGAUACCUUUCCUGGGUGGGUAAGCAUAGGGGAAAGCAGGCUCCUAUAGUCUUGGUUUGUCCUUCCCAAUGGGGAGCCUCUACCACAGGAGUCAGAUGAGAUAGAGCUGUCAAAGCAGUCAUAUUGUAAGUCUGUUGAGCUUGCAAUAGAGUUUUCUAGAUAUGACUAGGGGCUCAGAAUGCCUGACACAGUAAGGGACACAAGCAGCAUUAGAGACAAAUUCUUGUAUUAGAACAGAUUCUAUAUAAAAAGUUCCUUUUUCCUUAUUCUAAACUAAAACUUUAUGAUACAAGUUGAGUGUGUCCUGAAGUAUUUCUGUCCCUAUCAUUUAGACCCUUAAAGCAGGUGCUGGGGGUAGAAGGAGUCUACUGCUUAAUAGCUGCCUCCCUUGGGGGCUCCUUCCCUUGGGAGCUUCCAUUCAGGUAAAUCCAGAACAUUGACUCCACUACAGUAAAGACUGUCAGAACAAAUCAGAGUAGAGUAAAAUUACUAAGUUAAUUAAGUAAAAACAAGGAUAGUGCACGUUCACACUUCAUGUAUACAAAAGUGCUGGCAGGGGGAGAGAGAGACAGACAGAGACACAGACAGACAGACAGACAGACGCACAGACAGAGAGCACCUGACUGACUUAGGAAUGCAUAACUGAUACUCGAUGACUGUGGCUUAUCAGAAAGAGACCCUACUGCCUACUAGAGUGUCUUUCCAAGGCUGCAGGCAGGACUCAGCUCUCUCUACGACACAUUGCUCAAAAAGCAUCACUUAACAGCAACGUUUACCAAGUAAGCAAGGCUUAAAAAUUAAACAGUUUGAAAUUUAAAUAAAAACAUAUUAACUGGCUUACUUACUUUGUCUUAUGUUAAAGAAUCCCUUUACGUAGAUGAAAUUACAAGGUGAACUUAUGAGGUGUAUCAUUCGGUUUUAGGGAUGAGAGAGGGGUGCUAAUAGGGCCUAACUCAAGGUUACAAAUGCCCUGGCCCUUGAUUUGUUGCUUUAGAGAAUUUUUUCCUGAGAUGUCUUUUUAAAAGUCGGCAUUUCUGAAAGCUAUCUCAGUGUUAUUCGUUGUACUGGAAUUUCUUUAAACACCAACUAGGUCUCCAGGUGAGGACUGCCUUUCCUUUCCUAAUGUCCCCCUAGUUUUUUUCCUCUUUACCAUGGCCUUGAACUGAACAUGACCUAAAAAAAUAGAUCUACUAUUUUCCUUCUCAAAUCAUGACCUUAAAGAGAACAUCUGCUCCCUCGGUUUGAGAAGGGCAUCAAUUUUGAAAUACUCUGAUGCUCUCCUUGCCUGCUGCAGGUAGUAAAUCUUUCUCUAUUCUGUCUUAGCUGUGUUUGUCUGCCUCUGUCCUCACCAAGGUGUGAACCCCCUGCAUUGGGUUGUGUGGUACGCUCCACCAUCCUGCUAGGCCUCCUGGAAUGGAACUUCAGAAACACAGAGACAAGAGACAUGGGGAACACAGCAUCUUGUUCCUCUCAGAGUGGGAUCAUGGCUUACAGCAGAAAAUGGGGGAUUAAGGGUGUAACUCAUUGAUAGAUUACUUGCCUAGCAUGUGUGAAGCUCUGGAUUCAGUCCCGGUGACUUAUAAAAUCAGUUCCAUUGCUUCGUGCUUACAACACAGCAUUAGGGAGGCAGAAACAGGAGACCAGGAGUUCAAAGUCAUUUUCGUCUUUGUAUAAUGAUUUCCAGUCUAGCUGGGUAUCGUAUACAUGAGACUCUGUGUCAGAAAAGGAGAGGGCAAUAGAAGUCCCUCAGAUGGUGAGAGAGUCAGGGUUCAAUGGCCAUUGACAUUCCGUGACUAUUUCUCAUGUACUGUGCACCCUUACCUUUCUCAGAGAUUUAAAUGGUUUACAUUUCAGGUUUGCUCUAAGAUCAAAGCAAGAGAGUUGCUCCAUUAAUUCACUCACUCACUCACUCACUCACUCACAUCUAUGACUGUGAGAACAUGGAGCGUUGAUGAGGAUUCCCCCAUCGUAUACUCUAGCCCUAUACCUGAGCUCUAUGUUCUUCACCAGUGACAUGGCCAGAGCUUAUGGAUCUCCUCUAAGCCUCCACUCUGUUUGUAAAGAGGGGUUAAUUGUAGCAUCUCUCCCUGAGAUGGGCAGAGGCUUAGAUGCAAAGACACAAGGGAAGUCUUCACAGGAUCCCUCUGUCCUCCAUUGCCACUUCUCUGGGAUGUGGGAGCCUGAGGCUACUCUAAGACAAUGCGCUCCCUUCUUAGUCAACUCUCCAGUCAGCUGGCCCACAACAAUCUCUCUAGAUUGCAAGGCAUUCCUAUCAAGUUCCAAGCACUGCUUUCUUUUAUCCCAGCCAUGGUGUGUUUGUCUGAGAGAGUAGCUGAGCCUCUCUUCCUGGGUUCUCUCUCACACUGCUCCUUGUUGAAUUCUCAAUGGAAGAUAAACCUUUCAUCCCAUAUGCUGUAUAUACAGAAUUACAAGCUGUCCAUGUAGACAGCUUCACCUAUCACCUGGCCUUCAAAGCUCUGGGACCAGCUGCUGGCCUGCUGUUGGACAGUAAGGUAUUUUACAAGCUGAAGGAGGAAGAAAGGAUGAAAUUUCAAGGGCCAAGGACUGCCCACCAUGGCUGGAAUGAGGUUUCUCAUGGUUACCUAAGUGGCUAAAUGUAUUGUCAUUGUAGGAAAAGAGAGGAAAAUCCAAGCUGCCCAUGGAAACAGGAAAUGGAUUUUUGGGGUUGAGUGGAAUUUCAGUUAAGUGGAUGUUGUAGUCUGGGUUCCAUGGUUUGACAAGAGAGAAACAGCUGUGGAGAGAUUGGGCCACCCAAAGGCAAAAGGCUAAGAACAACACAGGUCUGCUAAGAUUUAAGGGUUCUGCUGCUCUAAUGCUUGGAGCACCCAAUUGUAGGUAUUAAAAAGGAACUCAUGACGGGCAACAGAGCAGGCCCAGGGGGCAUCCAGAGUCUAGAAUAAGCCAUGAAUUUUUUUUAAAUAGAAAGAACUUCUAGGACUUUGGGUAAUCUCCUAAAAAAACCUGUGAGUAGAGACUUAUCCUGGGGCUGAUUCAGGAGUCUUUCAAAGGAAAUGUUUACCAGCUCACAGAUAUGGAAGCACCCGCAAGUCUCAAAUCAAACUGCCCUUCAAAGAGCAGACAAGUGGGAGAUGAUUCAUUUGUCCCUAAGCAGCUGCUCUGUUUGAGGCUACACCCCACCUCCAGACCGCUGUCACUUGAGUGUCCGGCUUCCAGGAAACUGGGAGAGAUAUUUUCAGGCCCCAAGUGUUGGUUCCUCUUUCCAGAGUGGAACAAGCAUGUUCCUUUAUUUUAGACCAUCAGUCCAGUAUGAGCUCUGAAAACAGUGUUAAGAGAAGUCAGUUUAGCUCAGCACAUAUGAGGUUCUGAGGCUAAAGAGCUAAGUCUAACACUCUACCAGAUCCCAUGGUUGUAUGCUAAGUGUGGGUAACAGGAGACAGAUAGGGCCUCCUCCCAAUGAAUUAUGCUGAGUGAUAAGUUUGGGCAGCAUUUGGAAAUGGAGGAAGAAGAACUGGGUUGUAUCUGUUAUGCGACUUUGCCUGGGGAGACGUGAACAAGGGUACCAACAACAGACAAGCAUCCACACAGGUCCAGCCUCGAAUCUACACAAGUCUAGCCUCUCAAGUCAGUGGGUUGGCUUUACUUUCAGAGAGGGAGUUGCUUGCAGGAGCACAGAUGACUCAGAAGUGGGCUGCAUCACCCUGUAUCAUGGGUGAGGACUCACAGAAGCGACAUCUCGGGAGUUUUCAGUCACAGAUGCAGGCAGUCUGGCUUGCCAGGGUUGUUUUCCCUCAGCAGCUGGUAACCGCCUGUGUAACCUUACAGUGGAGCCCUGAGAAUCUCCUGACCUGGUUUCCCUGGACCUGGAAAAGUUUUGUUUCCUUCAUGCAUUUCCUGGACCUCCCUCUAGCGUAAGAGGAGGCUUCUGGCCAGAUACACCAAUCUUGAGGCAUGGGAAGUGUGGCCAGAGGGCAGUGCUCUGAAGCCAUCAGAUUAGUCUUAAUAAAGAUGUUUCUUGUGUGAAGAAACAUAAGGUGAAUCACAAGGAUUAUGACCACUGACAGAACCAAGCCCUCAAUGUGUGUCUUGCUUUGAACACUUCGUCCCCUUCAGUCCUGGUACACUAGAAGUCCUGGUCUGUUACAGUCCCAUCUUGUGGACAGGAAGCCAAAGCAUGAAGAAUUUAGUCAUGUACACAUUGGCCUGCGGCUGAAAACAUUACAGUGUCUUCCCUGCUGGGCUUCAGGCCCUAACACCAGCAGAUAAACCAAAGACUGAGGCUGACCACAGGCUUCACCUGCUGGUGGCUCCAGAGUCCACUCAGAAAGUCUUCCUGCUGGGAAGGAGUCUCCUUGGAGUUGAAAGCCUCCCUUCUAGAGGGGAGGCUGGGGCUCCUGAGGCCCAGAGGCUAAGACCCAGAAAGCCUGAGUUGUGCUAUCACUGGCCCCUCCCCAGCCCUGUGGAAGCAGUGGUGCUGAGGGAGAAGACUCUGCCUUAGAGCUGUGUGAGGAGCCCAGGAAUACAGCAUCCGUGAGUCAUCACUGAUGCUAGCCUGGGCUGUGCAGCUGCCUUUGAGUCUACACUCCAGGAAGUAACCCUGUAACCUUGCUGGUUCACUAGGCCAAACAUGGUGGGAUUGUUUUCGUGGUCUGCCAUUGGUAUCCUAUCUGGGGUGGACAGACAUUUGUUCUCAUCUCCCUUCAUCUCCAAGUGAGGAGAGUUUUAACCUAAUGUCCUGUCUUGGCUCAGGCAGCAAAGACAAACAAUGAGGACCAGACUUAAGCAGCUAACACUGAUGUCUGGCUGUUCUGACAGCUCAAGAUCAGGACUCCAGCAUGAGAAGGGGCUGUGGAGGGCCUGCUUCCUGGUCCAUGCAGCUUCCAAGUUAGAAACCAUCUCUUUGUGUCUCUACUUACCAUGACACUCUUCCUGUUCAUGAAGGUUCCAGCCCAGUCACUUUGCAGUGACCCCACAUCCCGACACCAUCACACUGGGGACCAGGACUUUAAUAGAUGAAUUUGGGGUGGUGGACACAGAUACUCAUUCCACAGUAGACACUGUCCCUCUUACUUAAGUCACCUGUGGCCUCAUUCUUCUCAAGGAGUGGAAAAAGAGGACAGGAAAUGGUUAAUAAGGAGGGUAAAGGGGUCAGGAUGUCCAGCUUGGGUAGAACUAGGCAUGCCAAAAGCUCUCAGAGAAGGUGUUGACUCUUAUCCUAUUUUCACCUCUGUGGAUUAUAGACACAAAGCAGGUCUCACAGUGAAGGUGUAAGUGAUGGUAAGCCAGAGACAGAGGUGGGAGAGGAACUGGUUGGUGGUAAGGAGACUACGACAGCCCAGGAUAAUUUUGGCUCUGAUUCUGUCACAGUCAAACUCUGCAAUCAUGGAGUUCUGUCUAGUCAGUCUAUAAAACCUUCAACAUAGGUGUGGCAUCUUAGGGAACUUGGUUCACAGCCCUCUGUAUCUAUGCCAUGCUGAGCAGCUGUUGGCCCACACCCCAACAAGUAGAACCAGACCUCCACCUGCUGUCAUCACAAGCCUCCUGGCACCCACAUGCGUGGAUUGUCCCUCCCCCGUCUCUGAUUGGCAGAAAGCGUGUUCCAUCUACCCCAGGCCUUGCUCUUGCCAUCUCCUAGACUAAGAUCCUUGCCUUGGCAAGGCUUCCUCAGCCCCAUGCCUGUAAGAAGCAACCUCCAAGUCCUGGGAUCGCUAACCAAGCUGACAGAGACACCAGCCUAAACAUCUCCAAGAUCCCAUGCUCCUGCCCCCCCCAGCUUGCAGGCUAGCCCCCUCCCCCACCCCAACAGCCUCCCCUUAACCCCAGUGGCUGUUCCUCAUUCUCCUGCAGGCAUUUUCAGUUCCCAAUGCUGUGACUGUGGGUGGCUCUCAGUGCCCCACGGUCGAACUGCCUUGCUUUAGCUAGGAGUCUCUCAGUUCCCUAGAGCUGUGGUCCUUGGGCUUGGUGAUCUGCAAAGGACGUAUCUUUUGAGACUUCUGUCUAUCCAGUCAGUUCCUGUCUCUCUUCAGCACCUUCUUGCUCAGCAUAACAGGAGUCCCAGCCUUGCCUCCUGCUGGGCUUCUUGCUUUGAGCUGCUUUUGCUACCUGUGGAUUUUAAGUUUCACCAGGCACCCGCCUGCCCCUUGGGGGAAUGUGUACUUCACUCAGCCGCUGGGAGUCAGUGGCAAUGAGAGAAAGCCUCUGGAAGAUGUCCUCAGCACUAACAGGAAUACUGCUACAGCAUUCCCUCGCUCUCUUCCUGCCCCCAAAUGUGAACGUGUCUUCAGGAAGUUCAGCAGCCUUUGGAAAGCAGCAGGAGUCACUGAACCAAUGCACUGAGGAUGGCGGACUACGGACUACAGUCCCUAAAAAUGACUGUGAGACACUGAAUAAAGCAGGCUUCAGACUAUCGGGAUCUGGGCUUUUCAGUACAUGAGAUAAUGAAGUCGUCUUUGUUUUGUUUCUUUAUGCCUAAAAGAAUCUUAAGCCACAAUGCAGCUUAUGUGUCCUUCUGAAGCUUUGGCAAAAAGAAAAAAAUGACAGAAUCAGGCUUUCUGCUUGUUUUAUAAAGUUUUAUUGUUGAAGCAGCACCCAUUCAUUCCCUUAUGGCCUAUGGUUACUUUUGCUUGAGUGGUUGCAAUAGAUGUGCGGUGCCUUGAAAAUAUGAAAACCACUUCAUUGCCCUUCACAAAGAACAUUUGGCGAUCCCUAAUAUACAUUCUUGAUGCCGAGGAGGAACAAAAGUCCCCUGAAUUGCCACAGGCGACACUGGUACAUUAAAGCUUGAUGUAAACCCCAGCUGCAUUUGGUUGCCUGAUCGUGAGUUCAAAGACAGCCUGGGCUACACAGUGAGACUCUAACCAUCAUGCAGGGAAAGAGGCUGGCUCCAUCUGGAGUCCUGGAAGGUCUGCUACAGCCUCGCAUUCUGCAUGGAGUCUGUCCUCAUGGGGCACAUGAGGCAAUCUGGACUAUUGGUCACACUCCAGAGUAGGCUAGCGCCGCCUAUGAUGGCUAAUUGCAGGUAGCAGCUUGGCUAGCCUACGGGCCCAAAGGCCCAGCUGUUGGAUCAAGUUGCCAUAGUGAAGGUAUUUUAAGUGAUAUUGACACAUAACUUUAAAGGCCCUUGAAAAAGGAGAUUGGCCUCUGUGAUGUGGGGUAGGGCCUCACUUGAUCAGUUUGUGGCCUUCAGAGGAAAGACUGAGCGAAGUUUUUAUGACUCGGCCAGCCAUCUUGCACAGCAGUCUGUUAAAUUCUCAGCUCACUGGAGGGCAGAUUUCAGAUUGCAACGUCAACCGUAUCUUAAUAUCCAACCUGUGGGUCCUGCCUAACAGACCUUUGAUUCAUCGAUCCAUAAUCUCCUGAGCCACUUUCUUGGGUGACUGGUUCCAGUCCACUAUGAAUGCCCAAAUAUGCAGAUACUCAAGACCCUUAAUGAAAUGGUGUGGAAUUUCCAUGUAAGUCACAUGUAUGCUUCUACAUGCUUUGAAAGAUCUCAUUCCCUAAAACGGUGUGAACACGAUAUAAUUCUCACACUGUAAAGGUUCAAUACAGUUGCAAUGCUUUUUCUGCAUGUGUUUGAACUCCAGAUGGUCAGAUGUGGAGAGCACAGAUACCAACCAUCAGCUAUAUACAUGUCUUCUUAUCAGUACUGUUUCUCUGGGGAAUCCUGAGAAACACACUGGUCAUUCUCCUCUCACAGUUGUAAUGACAUCCAUCCCUUUCACUGAGAACACGUUUAGGAUGAAAAGCCAGUGCCCAUUCCAAAACAGAGACAAAGCAUUAGAAAUCUAUCAAGUCUAUGGCUCAGGCCUUCUCCCAACACACAAGUAUUUGGGAUCCAAAGACUCAAAAGGCAACUUGGCAGGGGUGGAGAGGUCAACUCAACUGAAGCAUCUUUUCUUUCUUUUAGUGGCAAGGCUCCAUGUCAAGGUCACAGGCUAGAGGCCAGCCUGCCCCUGCCCCAGGAAUGUUUGGCAUUCCUCAGAAGAAUCUUAGUUUUAGUGACUCCCCCAGGAUGCUCUGUGUUAAGAGACACUCAGAGCUGGACAGAUGGCCCCUGUGUAUGUGAGUGCUCUGUGUGCCCUCGGGCUCCUUGUCUCUCCCUCUGGGAGGUCUCUUCAUCUUCUGGCGGCUUCACAUCCUGACUUGAGGAAAGACCCUGGUUCCUGUGCCUCUCUGGAAGAGGCUCGCUAUUAUCAGGAACGAGGGCUCUCAGGCAACCCCAGGCUCUUUGUGGGGCACUGGACAAUCCCCUCUGAGGAUUUCUGUGAAGAGCAGUGUCCUUCUGCAAGCCUUCCUGCCCUUGAACUGUUUCCUGUGGCUCCCUGAGCCCAGUGGUUUGUGGAAGGAAUAAAAAUAUGGAACGACAUGAAGUCAUGUUCUGCAGUCACUCAAAUGAUCUUCUGGAAUGCAGUACCCUGGGGAGCCAUGCACAGCAAUACUGUUGCAUCUUCUUGUUAUGGUACAGCAGUUCCCAGCAACAGCAAUGUUGAUAAUAGUGUUCAGUAGUCCCCCACUGCCUCGGUCUCCUGGAGCCCUGUCAGGGGUUGAAGGUGACAGAAGUAUGGAUACCUGGGGAAGCCGCACAAGUGUGAGGAGGUGGUCCUGAGGGGAGAGGGUCUCAGAUGGUGCUGGGCAAAGGCUUUGAAGGCAGGGGGAACUUCAGAAAGCUAAGGCAACCCUUGGCCUUCUAAUUUAGACUAUCGGAUGGAGACAGCCUCUUCCAGCUGUGUGCUGCAUUUCCAGUAUCAGGAAGACAAGGUGAGGAACGUGAGCAGGUACAACUACAGCCAGCCCGCCCUCCCACGUGCUUUGGGAGCAGCUAUUCAUUCCACACUUGUCCCCUCCCAGCGGGACUAAAUGGAGAAAGGGCUCAAGGCACGCAGUUCUCUCUGCUCUACAGUAAGUCGCAGCAGCACUUCUGGCCAUGUGAUCUGGUAAAGGCUCCUGGGAAACCCUGUGCUAGCACUUAGGAUUUAUGCAGCUCCGGGCACAAAGGCAUUCCCAGAACAUUACUGGAAAGGAAAAAAGCACCACCAAGUCUGUGAGCAUGUGCACAUUUAAUGAGAAGGCAGCGGUGCAGCACAUGUCAUUGAAAUUUAUGUCUACUACGGGAAGAAAUGAUCAUUUCCAGCCUGGCUCUGAUAUGGGGUGAGAGUCUCUUACAUUAGCCCAGAGCUGUUAUUUGCACAUCACCGAAGGUGGUGAGAACCAUGUGACACAGAAAAGGUGGGUAGGUGGUAUGCCGAAUUUUGGAAUGAUUAUAUGAAAUCUAAGGGCAAGCCUCACAAAGCCUCCUGCACACUCAGAGCACGCAAUGCCCUCAUCACUGAGGGACCGCACCCAAGCAAACAGCACCAGCCAUGUGUGACUGAUUCUCCAGCAGAUCAGGCACCAUCACCAGCCACAGAAGUCCCUGUAAGGUCACACUAAGUUCUUGAGCAAUUGCUCGGGGAAGGCAUUUGCUCUGAAUCUCAUGUCGGAGAUGAUGAGGGGAAAGGAUCACACAAAGUCAUCUGCCCAGGGCCCUAGGAAAUCAAUCACUAAUUUUAAUUCAAAAGUCCAGCAUAUUCUUCUAAGGAAAUGGCCUUGAAAAUGGUUCUCAGAGCCAAGCACUGUGGUGCACACCUGUCAUCCUACCACUUGGGAGACGGAGGCAAGAGGACCAUACUCUGCUACAUAGACACAAUGAGUUCCAGGCCAGCCUAAGCUAUAUGAGACCUUGUCUCUAAAAGGAGGCUGGAUGGGGAAAAAGCCCCACGACCUAAGCUCUGGGACCCACAUGAUGGAGAGAACAAACUCUCAUCUGUUGUCUUCUCACCUCCAUGGGUGUGUGUUAGACCAUGCAUGUAUACAAGCGUGUGUGUGUGUGUGUGUGUGUGUGCCCGCGCGUGCGCGCGCGACAUGCACAUGCACACAUCACAUGCCCCCCCAACACAAUAAAUAAAAUGCUUAAAA